AUGUUUAACGAUCGAAAACUAGCCGGCACUGGGCACGGGUUCGUGAAGGCGUACAGUAACAAUUGGUUGUCGCAGCUGGGAGCCGUGUACAAAUAUGAGUCACCUAAGGAUGUUCUACGUAAACCGAACCACCAACACCGGAAGAUCGCUAUAUACAGCAUCCUGGCGAUGGCGUUUGUCGCUUUUUUUACACUUUUCAUGAUUGUCCACGAAGCGGAACGAAAAUCGCGCCAAAUCCUGAUCGAUUCAAGCUUCACCAAUGAAACGGCCAUCGAACCAAGUGCUGGCGGGUACAACACGAUUCUCACCACACCUCUAUCGUCCGAAAGAUCAUCUUCCGGAAACAAUACAUCCCAGGAGGGAGACGAAACCACCUCCAUGAAGCGAACACGUCGGCUACGAUAUUAUGGGGCAGAACAAAAGCCAGUCGGACGGGAUCGAUUGGUUCUGCUUCCAGCUCGUUUUCUGAAGCCACCAUUACCACGGGCUCCUGAUUGGUCUUCUUGGGAGGAAACGAAGGCAAGCCAUUCCACAGCGGAAGAAGCCGAACGACGACGAGAUACAUUAACCGUCGAGCCGAAACCCUUUCAGUUGGCAGCUAACGGACUGAUUCCGGUCGGUUUCCAACAGCCACGAGUGAACCGAACGUCGAAAGCGCUGGCAAACGAUUGGACACCCUCGAGUGUGCAGGACAUCGUACGACAACUAACACUGGCCAAGCGAAAGCAGCAGCAACAACUUCAACAGCAACAUCUACUUUACUACAACUACCCGUACAAUCCUUCCCUGCAACCGGCCGAGUUUAAUCAUCCAGUUCAUCCAAAUCAUCGUGUCAAAUUUAGCGGAAUCUAUCGACAUCCACGCAAAGAAGGUGACAUUACGACCCUAUUCGGUGCGGCUUCUCAGCGUCCACGAGAAGUUCAUCUACAGGCACCGCAGCUUAUCAACCAACAGCUACAACCCGACCGGCUGUACAACUUCAAACCGUCUAACCCGAGCGAAGUUAAUCUGCUGGCAACGGAACAGUUUCGCUUCGCCCCGGCUAGCACAACACCACCGGAUAGCGACGAAUGGCCUACACGUGGAAUGCCUUUCUCGGUGAUGCUUAACCUAGAACCGAUGCCGAUUAUUGGCCCGGGAACUAAAGGACUCUCUCCACAGCAACAACAGCAGCGAUACCGGAAGCGCAUUCGAAACCCUUACCGAAAUCCGUACCGCCAACUGGCCUGGCCGGAACAAACCUUCGCCCAGCUAGCUCCGUACCAACAGCAACGUGCUCGACCAUCCCCUCAACAACCCUUCCGGACGGCAUUCGGUCAGCCGGGUAGCGAAGAAUACGAGGGUGAGAAUUAUUUCCGCAAGGAGGGACGUGUGCCGCCCCGCAUUCCACCCUUUUCGGCUCCAUUCAUUGCACCCGGUCGCUUGAUGGUACACUUUAACAUCUAUCCCCGGCAUCCACCGAUGUCUCAGGUGGCGGAACGCAAAUCGGGAGACGAGUACACGACACCUGCUUCGCUAGAAUCGACCGAAUUAAACAAGGGUGAAGCUAGACAGCAACGGCUGCUAAUUUCCAGUGACGAAUCGCCCUCGACAACCGAGGCACCGACGAUCUUGGCACCAGUAACAUCGACGGUGGAGGUGAUAAAAUCGAUCGAAAUUCCAACAAAGAUCAACUUCGAUCAUGUACCUCUUGGGCGCAAUCCACCACCGCCGUUACCGUCCUUUAGCCGAUGGACGAGUGACGAUCGUACCGGAAGAAACGUGUGGAACGGAGCAUUACGAGUGUGA